AUGAACGCGCCGGAUAGGUUCGAACUGUUCCUACUCGGAGACGGGGAAAAGAAGGUAACGGAGGAACAGGACACACGUAAGCUCAUGACUUUGGCCUCCUUCGUCUUCAUGAUUCGCCACCGGCUAAUGAUCGAUUUGGUAGGCAUUCCCUCUUCAUCUAUCUUUACGUUCAAUAAAGAAGAUCAUACGCUUGGCAACCUCCUUAGCUCUCGCCUUCUCCAAUCUCCACAUGUUACAUUUUCUGGUUACAAAGUACCUCAUCCGCUCAUUGCUCAAUUCAUACUACGUAUUCAGACCGAUGGCACUCUUACGCCUCGUCAAGCGCUGAAUCAAGCCUCUAAAGAUCUGAUUGCGGACUUUCAGGUCCUUAGCCGAGAGUUCACCAAAGAAUGGGAAUUACGGAAGAUGGUUGGAGAUACUGGAAAGUCCGAUGACCGGCCGAAUGGGCGGUAG